GACUGACACUAAGAAGGUGCAAAGAGAGCGGGUCAGACCCUGGUUGUAAGGACUGCAUUCAGAAGUUCCCAAGCCCAGACAUCUGCCACCUCUGCCACUGGCUGAGAUGUGACCUUCGUUCCAAUGGGAGACUGGAACUUGCUGGGAAAGCUUCUUGAGAGUGCCCAGGAACAUUCUACGGUGGUGGGCAAAGUCUGGCUGACUGUCCUCUUCAUCUUCCGAAUACUUGUCUUGGGAACAGCCGCUGAAAAAGUCUGGGGGGACGAGCAGUCUGGUUUUACCUGUGACACUAAACAGCCCGGUUGUCAAAACGUUUGCUACGAUCACACGUUCCCCAUUUCGCACAUUCGAUUCUGGGUGCUGCAGAUCAUUUUCGUGUCCACUCCAACUCUCAUCUACCUUGGCCACAUAUUGCAUCUUGUGCGCUUGGAAGAGAAGCGCAAGCAGAAGGAAAAGUUGCGGCAAAGCAGCAGAGACCCACAGGAUGACAAGCAGCUGCUCCUGGUGCCAAACAAGCCGGCCAAACCCCCUGUCAAGGAUGACUUGGGCAAAGUGCGCCUGCGAGGGGCCCUGCUGCGCACAUACGUCUUCAACGUCAUUUUCAAGACCAUGUUUGAGGUAGGAUUCAUUGUGGCGCAAUAUUUUCUUUAUGGAUUCCAGCUGCAGCCUCUCUACACCUGCAGCCGCUGGCCUUGCCCUAACACAGUUAACUGUUACAUUUCUCGACCUACUGAGAAAACCAUAUUUAUUAUUUUUAUGUUGGCCGUUGCAUGCUUGUCUCUACUGCUUAACCUGAUUGAGGUUUACUAUUUGGGAUUCACAAAGUGCAGGCAAGGACUGUCCCCAUCCCAUAAUGAAACAGUAACCAAGUUACCAACUAAGACUAGCAGUACAACUCUCACCCACAUUAUCCCCCACUAUCCCCAUUAUUCUCCAACUGAGAAGGGAUCUACAUUCAGUCCAACUCUGGCAUUUCCUCUGUCUCCAAGCAAGACCACGUCUAAUGUAAUGGACAGCAGCCAAGCUGCGCGCAAACAAAACCGUGAUAACCAGGCCGUGGAACGCAAUGGGAUUCAUGAUCUGAACGUUGCAUCUGAAAGCAGCAGUGAGUUGGACCAAUUUGAGAAGCAAAGGCUCCCCAGCAGAAACAGCAGGCACAGCAGCAACCGCUCUCGGCCUGGAGUCCUUGCAGUAUAAGCUUGCGCCCAUGUCACACCAUGAGCAAUCCUGUGCCCUAGACAGAAUGAUGAAUUGGCUUCUCUGUAGAGAACUCAUGUCAUUUAAAAACAUUCAGGUUUCACAGUCUCUAAAUGUUUACAUGUUUAUUAAAAAUGAUAUUUAAAGAGUCAGUGGGGUCUUACUAUGGGGGCCACAAUUAGCUGGUAUGGUUGUGUAAUAUAAUGAAAAUGCUGCACUAAUUAGAAAUUCUAAUAUGUACAGAGCUAAGCUGCCAUUAAAAAAAACUGCUUAAAUUAUUUUUGAAA